AUGAGGAUGAUCAGGACACUCAACACAUCAACAACCAUGGACUCUGUACUAACGGAAGACCAGUUCCGGUGCUGCAUCUGUCUGGACAUCUACACCGACCCCGUCUCCAUCCCGUGUGGACACAACUUCUGCCUGGACUGCAUCGAAGGCUUCUGGUGUACGAAGGACAAGUCGGAGUGUCCGCUGUGCAAAGAGAUAUUCAGAAAUCGCCCAGACCUCAGGAUCAACCGAGGAUUUGCCGACAUCGUUGAAUUCUUUAAAAGGUCUCUGUUACCCACACCAACGCAAGAAAAGGAUGUCGACACUGUGGUUUCACCGGGAACUGCCAAAGUUCCCUGCAACAUCUGCCAGGGAAACAAGUCGACAUCGGUCAAGUCGUGCCUCGUCUGCCAGGUUUCUUACUGUGACAUUCACCUCACACCUCACCUGAGGGAUCCAGCCCUGCAGAGCCACCGGCUGACGGAUCCGGCCACCUUCACCUGCAGUAACCUCUGCCGAAACCACGACAAGCCACUGACGAUGUUCUGCAAGAAAGACAAUGUGCCUGUGUGUGCGAAAUGCAAAGAGAGGGACCAUAAGCACCACGAGGUUGUCCCCAUUGAGAGGACAAGCAAGAGGAUCAAGAGUCGUUUGAGGGCGACAAAGGCCUACAUUCAACAGAUGGUCCAGGCCAGGCUGAAAAAUAUGGAGGAUAUCAAAAAUUCAGUGGACCUGAGUAAAAAAAUCACAGAGAGAGAGAUUCAGAGCAGUUCUGAAGUCUGCGCCAUGCUGAUAACGGCAAUCCAGAAACACCAGGCUGAGCUGGUGGAAGAGCUCAAGGAGGGGCAGGAAGAAGCUGAGAGGGCGGCUGAGGAGCUGCUCGACGAGCUGGAGCAGGAAAUCAGUGAGCUGCAGACGAGGAGCAGCGAGCUGCAGCAACUUGAGCUCACUCAGAACCCUCUUCACCUCCUGGAGAGUUACCCGUCUCUCAGUGUACUCCCAUCCACUAGAGAGUGGUCUGAGGUCGCAGUCUACUCCGAUAAUUGCAUGGGGACGGUGAGGAGAGCUGUCUCUAAGCUGGUGGAAGUUUGUCAGGAAGCUGCCAAGAAACUGUCUGCAGAAGAGGCAGACAAAAUGAAUCAAUAUGCAGUGGAUGUGACUCUGGAUCCUGAGACUGCUUCAGGCUGGCUGCUCCUGUCUCGUGAUGGAAAGAAGGUGAGCCUCAGCUGCCAGAAGGCCCAACUCCCAGACACCCCUCAGCGGUUUAACUCCUGCGUCUGUGUUUUGGGGAAAGAAAGCUUGAGAUAUGGAAGACGCUACUGGGUAGUUCAGGUUGGAGAUAAAACAGACUGGGACCUUGGCGUGGCCAGGGAGUCCAUUAACAGAAAGGGGGCCAUCACCGUGCGCCCCGACAGCGGUUACUGGGCGAUCUGCAGGCGUAAAGGAGGCAAUCUGAGCGCCUGCGCUGGCCCCUCUGUCCCCCUCCACCUCCAGGACACCCCUCAGAGAGUGGGCAUAUACCUGGACUACGAGGAAGGAUCGGUGUCCUUCUACAACGCAGACGCAAAGACUCACAUUUAUACCUACAGCGGGUGCACCUUUACUGAGCCUCUCUACCCGUACUUUAACCCCUGCGUUCAAGACAACAAGAAAAACACUGCGCCGCUGGUUAUAUGUCCUGUGGAGGCAAGUGUCAGGGAAGAACAGGACAUAACCAUUGAGUCAUAUACAUAA